GAAUCCCUGAAGCUCGCUUCGACCGCUCGCUGCCUGGACACCGCCCUCAGACCGGAUGACAGGAGAUGAGACACUGGAGCCCUGGACCACAUCAUGAGCAUUCAAAGCCUACAAGGAGCUAUAGGGGAGUCUCUUGGCUCUAGUCUCACAGUGCGCAUGAGUGGAGCAGGUGGCGGGUGGAACAGCCUCUCCCUGAAACCUGUUUCCCCGGGGUGGAUCGCCUCCAUUUUCCACACCAUGGUCCCCACCGGUUACACCAAACUUCAGGAGGAGCGGUUGGCCAUGGUGGACCUUGGAGCUAAAUCUGAGGCCAACUCACUCCAGAACGGGUACAGACAGGAGACGUCUCAUAUAGAAGGUAGACGGGUUCUGGACCGGGCCUCUCGGGCCUCUUUGACUUUAGCAGACUGUGGCGAUGGAGACUGCUCGGAGACGGAGCCUAUGCUCACUGAGAGGAGGCUCUCAGGUGAAGAGGCAGAUGGGGAGGAGGAAGAGGAGGAGGAAGGGCUGGGAUCGAACACGCAGAAUAUGCCAAAGGAGUCAGUGCUGGCUAUGGCAUUUCAGAUUUUGGUGCCUUUCCUUCUAGCUGGAUUUGGAACCGUAUCAGCUGGAAUGGUGCUGGAUGUUGUGCAGCACUGGGAGGCGUUCCAGUACAUCACAGAGAUCUUCAUCCUGGUACCCGCUCUGCUCGGCCUCAAGGGAAACCUGGAGAUGACUUUGGCCUCGAGGCUGUCCACAGCGGUCAAUGUGGGCAAGAUGGAUUCUCCCAUCGAGAAGUGGAAUCUAAUCAUAGGGAACCUGGCACUGAAGCAGGUUCAGGCCACUGUUGUGGGUUUCCUGGCGGCCGUAGCAGCCGUGGUUCUUGGUUGGAUUCCAGAGGGGAAGUUUCAGAUGAGCCACGCUGUUUUGCUCUGCUCCAGCAGCGUGGCCACGGCCUUCAUAGCCUCCCUGCUGCAGGGUAUCAUCAUGGUGGGGGUAAUUGUGGGCUCGAAGAAGACGGGGAUUAACCCAGACAACGUAGCCACGCCCAUUGCAGCCAGUUUUGGUGACCUCAUAACCUUGGCGAUCCUGGCCUGGAUAAGCCAAGGCUUGUACAAGUGCCUGGAUUCCUAUCCGUAUGUGUCGUCGUUGGUUUGGGCCUUCUUCAUGUGUCUGACUCCGCUGUGGAUCGUCAUCUCCUCCAAGCACCCCGCCAGCCGCACCCUGCUCUACUCAGGAUGGGAGCCCGUCAUCACUGCUAUGGUCAUCAGCAGCAUCGGAGGGCUCAUCCUGGACAAAACGGUGUCUGACCCAAAUCUGGCCGGCAUUGUAGUGUACACCCCCGUUGUCAACGGUAUUGGAGGUAACCUGGUGGCUAUUCAGUCAAGCAGGAUCUCCACCCACCUUCAUUUCCACUGUGCUCCUGGGGAAGUUCCCAAUGAGGCCAAGGGCUGCUACUACCCCUGCCGCACAUUCUGUGGUACAGGCGCCAAUCAUCGUUCUGCACAGAUGCUCUUCCUUUCGGCCAUCCCCGGUCACCUGAUUUUCCUCUAUGCCAUCCACUUCAUGAAGAGUGGGCACACAACCCUGACGCCCAUCUUUAUGUCUGUCUACCUAGCUGCUGCUAUGCUGCAGGUGAGUGCACAGCCAGUGUAAAGAAUUCUAGAAUAAUCCUUCCACAUGAAGCAUUUAAGCUCACUGGCUCUUUUUGCAAUCCCAUCUCAGACCUUA